AUGAAUAAACUUGUUUUAUUUUUACUACUAACAACAAUUUUUCAACAUGCCGAGAACGCUCAAAAAGUUGAAGAAUAUGAUAUACCCGCCAAUACUAAAUAUCCUUAUGGUGAUGAAAUGCAAUUUAAUUUUAACACAUUAGACAAAAACGCAAAUCCAUUUCCCUGUGAAGAAUAUACAUCUUUAGAAAAACGACUUGGAAGAUGUCCUAUAGAUGCCGAGAAACUUCCCGUUAUAGACAAUCCGUAUACAGAGUGUCCAGAUUAUGCUGUAGUUCCAAUACCUAUCGAUUCAGAUAGUCUGCCGAAUCCGAAACCCAAUCCCGACGUCUUGUGUAGAAGGUGCGACUUGAAAUUAACAGCCGAUGGUGUAGGGGUACUUCUCGAGUGUAAUUACUGUUUAGAUGUACCAUCUCCUUUAAGAGUAGCUGACUCUACAGUCAAAGACAUCCAGUAUAAAGUAUUUUUCGUACAAAUAGCAAAUUAUACCAGUGUUGAAGUUACUGGAUCGGAAUACUUUAAUCCCUGA